UUACAGCGAUGAACGGAAUAACUUACUUGGUCGCGAUCUGUGUACUACUAUGUGUAGUAUGUGACGGUCGGAGGUCGGAUUUCAGACUCAAAAUUCCUCGCGGUCAUAAACGUGGUGAUAAACACUUUGCUAUUCGACCCUUCAAGGAAGUUGGAGAACGUCUUCGCAAACACAACCCAAAGAAAGACAAAUCUUAUCCAUUCGAGCAGGGUUAUGGCUACUAUCAUCAAUUUGAUAUUAUGCUCCGGCCGGAUGUGGAACAGAAUGCGAUUUUACCUGGUUACCAAAACUCCAAUAGAUGGACCAACGCGAUUAUCCCCUAUAAAUAUAUUGGAAACUUCACUGCUGCACAUAAGACCAUUAUAGAAACUGCUAUGAAGUAUCUUAUGCGGGAUACAUGUGUUAAAUUUGUGGAGCACACUAAUGAACCUUUUUAUACAUCAAUCGAUAGUGCUCCUAGUGGAUGUUGGUCCUACGUAGGAAUGAUUUGGAAUAAUGACUAUAACAAGGUUAACCUAGAGAUUCCCGGCUGCAUUGACACUGGAACUGCGUCACAUGAACUUAUGCAUGCUAUGGGUUUCCAUCACGAGCAUGUUCGACCAGAUCGUGACGACUGGAUAUCCAUCAACCGUAGUGCCUUGCAUCCGUUUUACAACACUGAUUCAUUUUAUGAUUCCGCAUAUCUGAAAAGACCGUGGAAUAUAACUGAGCUGUAUGGUCAAGAUUACAACUAUACCAGUGUGAUGCAUUAUUCGGCUUGGGCUGCAGCUGCUAGCAGUGCUUACCCGGUCCUCAUUCCUAAGAAACCAUGGACUGGUAGACUUGGCAACAACACAGGUCCAUCGGCUAUCGAUACUAAAGUUAUAAACUAUAUGUAUUGCAACUCGACUAUGAAGUACUAUUGAACAGAAAAACAAACAUAAUGAUAUAUUAUGAACGAAUGGCAAACCACAUAAUUGAUUCAAUGAAAAAGGGAAAUAAAUUGUAGCAUCGUUUUGAUUACCUACAGAAUUAUUGAAAGUAAUUUUGAGCAAAAAAGGUCCACAAUUAUAUAAAUUAACACAUUAGUACUAUUAAUAAAACAUCAGAACGUUUGUCCAUUAUUGGUAAACUCUGAUUUUAAUCAGCUGAAAACUGAAGCCUUGCGACUCCUGGUGUGCGUUGAAAAUAUAAUAACUUUAAGUUGGAAA